AUGGUCACACCAACAGUGCUAUCAGGACCUCAAGUUUCACCGCCUUCCAACGUAGGCCCUAAGAUUGUCACCAAGAGGUUUGUGUUUAAUGCUUUCGCAAUAGCAAAUCUCAAAGACAGAAUCAAUUUGAGUGCCACAUUCACCAGACCUACUCGACUGGUGGUCGUUCUUUCAUUCCUAUGGAAGGUUAUAGUAGGCAAUUCAAUAACCAGACAUGGACAUUCAAGGGGGUCGUCGUCUUUACUAUUUCCGAUUAAUUUGAGGGGAAAAUUAAAUUUGCCUUCUUUAGAGCAUGCUCUAGGGAAUUUAUACGUGACGGUUGUUGCUUCUGUUGAGGCAAACCAGUUGAGAAAUGAGUUAAAUGGCUUUGUUAACGUGGUAGGAAGUAAAACAAGGGACACAUCUGCAAGCAUUGGUAAGGCAAACAUUGAUGAUAUUACAUCUAUAUUCCCCUGGUACGAAGCAGACUUUGGUUGGGGAAAGCCAUUUUGGGUGAGCAGUGUUAGCAAGCCUUUUGAAGUGUUUAUCCUAAAUGACACAAAAGAUGGUGACGGAAUAGAAGCAUGGGCUAGUUUGAAGGAGAAUGAAAUGACUGAAUUCGAGAGAGAUUCUGAAAUAUUGUCAUACACUUCAAAAGUAGCAUUUGAUUCCUCCAUGUGGAUAAAAUGA